CUUUACUUUUUUUACUAUUUUUCAGAAUGUUGGCAACUGGUAAUAAAGAGCGUGAACAUACCGUCGACAGUGAAAGCCGACAAUACCGAUUAUGUGAUUCUGGAUUGCGAUUACGAUCUCGAGAACACGCCGAGCAACGGAUUAGUAGUGAAAUGGUUUUUCAAUGCAAACGAAGUGGCCUAUCAAUGGAUAUACGGAAGAGACCCUUUGGCUGGAGAUAUCACGCGGAAGUACGUUGAUUUGAAGUAUAAAGCCAGUAACGAUCCAUGCACCACUUACCGAGCCAUGAAAUUGAAUAAGCCCGGUAUCGAUCUUACCGGCGAAUACAGAUGUGUCAUAUCUACUUUCGCAGAUGAACAAUCUGCAAGCGCCUCUAUGGUUGUAUAUUCAACGGAGGACAAAUUUGAUCUUGUAUAUAGGAAGAAAACUAUAGAUGAUAAGAAUGGAGUGGAGAUAACAUGUAUAGCAGAAGGAUUAUAUCCCCAACCCAUUUUAGAUAUAUUCAUCGAAGGUGUUCUAGAAAAGCAAACAGCAAAGCCCACUGUUAUGCUGCGUGCCGAUGGACUAUACGAUAUCUUAUCACGAACGGCCUUAUUGGACGAAGAUUUGCCGGAAGCAGCGACUGUCAAAUGCUUGCUUGGUAUACCAAAGGUGAACUACAACGUUUCUCACGAAAUUGUCUACUAUCCUGGAAAUUUUGCUGUUCGAUCCUCAAUUAACAUUUUAUUAGUCAUGAUGCAGGUGGCAAUAAUCAACAUAUUCAAUUAAUCGUUUAAUUAUUAGGUCAUUGUCUAAAUCAAAACAACCGACGAACAUAUGUAAGAUACAUAUGCAAAGAUCCACCAUUCUGAUCUCUCAUCAGUAUCAUGCCUAAGAUAAUUAUUUAUAAACACAAUGUGCCCAUAUUAAAUGUUGUUUCUUAAUAUACGUAUCAAAUAUUGAAGAUCGAUAUCAGAUCAUAUAAGAUGCAUAUAAGAUAAGAUCGAUAUGUUUAUUAUUUAUGCUGGAAAUUUCUGUCUAUGAUUUCAUAUACUCAUAUACAUAUUACAUACAUACAUAUGAACAUUUUAAUAUAUUGAUAAUAAUGAUGUACAAAGAUAAUAUACUGAUACUAAUAAUGAUGUACAAAGAUACAUUAUAAUGCGCGUUUAAAAUGUUAUUUAUAUUGGUAAUGAAAUUCUAGUUUAUCAUGGUUAGCGUGGACGCGAUUU